UGAAUGUGGACAAACACUUGGACACAGAGGUAAAAAUCUCCAAAAAAAGUGUCUGGAUGAAGUGUGACAUGGUUCAGAACAGGACAUCAUACAGAAGUGACAUUAAAAAAGGAUUCAUAUUGCUAAUUGCAUUGACAUUUUUAUUGUUAACUGUUGUGUACAUCUUUUUUGUCCCUCACAUGCUGGCUAUGACCCCGAACGCUCUGUAUAAAAAUUUGGCCAAAAAGAUACACUCGUAUUAUGUAGUAAUCGAGUUCCCUUUUUUCCGCGACAAGCAAGUUCAACAAACAGCUACUACACAACACACAACAACGACACAAACUACCACAGUUGCUGUGACUAAUAACAUUACCUCAGAACAUUAUCAUGUAGCUCAUCCACACAACUAUCAAUUCAUCCUAGAUGAAUCUGAUAAAUGUCUCAAGCAGAACCCAUUUCUGGUUUUGAUGGUGCCGGUGGCCCCCCAACAACUGGAGGCUAGGAAAGCCAUCCGGAGCACGUGGGGGACGGAGACCAACGUCCAGGGAAAAUCGGUAAUGACUCUGUUCGUAGUGGGUUUGCCCGGUGGAGCUGAAAGUAAUAAAACACAACAAAUGUUAAAUGAAGAAAGCCGACAACAUGGAGACCUACUGCAAAGCAACUUUACAGACACGUACGUCAACCUGACCAUCAAGACGAUGGUGAUCAUGGACUGGUUGGCCACACGCUGCCCUCAAGCGUCUUAUGGCAUGAAGGUCGAUUCUGACAUGUUCUUAAACCUUGAGAAUUUAAUGACCCUUCUGUUGGACCCCAAAACACCCAAACAGAACUACAUCACAGGCAUGGUGAUGUGGAACCGACCUGUUGUCAGAAGCAAAAAUUCAAAAUGGUACGUGCCAGAGGAGAUGUACCCAGAGCCAACCUACCCCACAUACUUGCUGGGGAUGGGAUAUGUUUUCUCCAAUGAUCUUCCCCCAAAAAUAGUUGAGGCUUCCAAGGACAUAAAGCCCUUCAACAUCGAAGACGCAUAUGUGGGUGCUUGUUUAAAGCGGUUAGGAAUUCAACCCUCAAGUCCCCCAGAUCCUUCUCAAUUCAAAGCCUAUAUGGGCAAAUACCAACGUGAGGAGUGUCUGAGGGUCAUUACAACAAUCCUGGGUUCUCCUAAGCAGUUAAUUGACAUCUGGAAGGAUGUUAAGAGGUCUGUAUGAAAGGAAUCAAGUUUCUGUUUGAAGAGGUAAUUUUAUGCUUGUCUGUACUGUACAUUACUUAAAUUUGUAGUUUUUGUAGUUUUUGUAAUUUUUUACAGAAUAUUUCUAUUGUUGAGUUACUUUAGAAAAAACCCAAUUUUUGAGACUCUUUAGAUUUUUAGAUGAACAACAUUCAUGUUGUUACGUCAACAAUGUGUUACGCCUGAAUGGGUCAGGAAAUAAAAAUUAGGCAAAAAAGAUUUAUGAGACAAUAGUGCACAGUAUUUAUAAUUUUUUUUUCCGAUUUUUCGUCUUUAUCAGCAUUCAACAAUUCUUACUGAAUUUUUUUACAUUUUGAUAUUCAACAUUUGUUAUGUCCUCCUUUUGCUUUUUGAUCAAUUACAAAAGAAAAAAUAGCUAAAUGUUCAAUAUUCAAGCAUUCUGCACCAUUAUGUUUAACACGUUAUCACCAGAACCAGAACAUAAACGUUUUUAUUUUAAACUUAAUUUAUUUUAACACAUUACAACACAUAAAAAUGUUACAUUUUUAACAGUGUGUUGUAGUGUUUUGGAGCACUUUUGGGUCUGUGUUAUUUGCAUAUAUGGUUUAUCUACAUAAUAGCUGUUUAUUAUUGUGUUGUGUAACUUAGUAGUGAAAAUGGAUAUUCUGGUUUAAUUCUAAACUUUAAACUUUUGUAAACAUCAUAAUCAGAAAGCGCACCAUCAACCUUCAUCUGCAAUAUUUAAUAUAUAUAGAUUGAUACACUGAUUAUUGAUGUUUGUGUGUAUCUAUAUUGUGUAGUUCAAUUGUCAAGUGUAAUGUGUUUGUUCUUUCAGAAUAUCUGAUUGUUACAACAUUGCUUGAUCUCAAGCUGUAGUAUUAGUAAGUGUAUAACUGUUAGAUUUAUGAAUUGAAAUAAUUGAAUUGUCACUAUUGUCCACCUUGAGGUUUCAGACUUAUAAUUUGAUUUGCGAUCAUGUUAAUGUAUGUUUGCUGUUUUGCUUGUGCUCCAUUAUAACAUUUCCCUAAAAAGCUAAUGUGCAAACUUGUCUUUUUUAUUGUGAUUUGUUUUCUUUUUA